CACAGUGACCGUAGGCCAGUCGGACCACGUCUAAUUCUUACACCGUGGUCUCUGGGGCUUUGAUUCUUGAAACUAGGAUCCUAGAUAUCAUGCGUGAUAUCGUCUGCAAAAGCAUAGGGAGCGGAAGACGAUGCCGCAGGGCAGGAGAAAAGUGCCAUUUAGUGGAAAGGCCAAGAAACUCCAGAUGAAGGCGAAAAAACAACGGCAAACGCGAGUUCUGCUCGGUAAAACGUGUAACCAUGUCGAUGUCGAACAGGAGCAGCAGCAAGAUGUGAAAGAUUCUCAAAGUACGUUUGCAAAAGUUCAAAAACUGAAUCAACAGCCGCGUGCUGGAAAUUCCACUGGGAACAAGUAUACUUUGCAAUUUCUGCAAGAAUCUAAGGAAGAGCUAAUGAAAAGAAAAGAAGAGGCCAGACGCACGAUUAAUCCCAUCCCUUUGUUGGCACAGGAAAUCUCUGACAACUUUUUCCCACCUGAGAUUGACAUGCCAAAGAGACCGGAAUGGGAUUUCAAUACCACUAAGGAAAUACUCGAGGCUAGGGAACGUAAAUACUUUGCCGAAUAUCUGAAGAACAUUGAGAAAGUAAAUGGCCUGAGCUACUUUGAGUUGAAUCUUGAGACAUGGCGCCAGUUGUGGAGGGUGCUUGAGAUGUCGGACAUACUCCUUAUCAUAGUGGACAUUCGAUACCCCGUGCUAACGUUUCCACCUUACCUAUACACUUAUGUGACCAAGGAUCUGGGAAAAAAUAUGAUACUGGUGUUAAAUAAAAUAGAUCUGGCACCUGCUGCAUUAGUUGUGGCAUGGCGGGAAUAUUUUAAGACACGCUACCCAAAGUUGCAUGUGCUAAUGUUCACAUCAUUCCCCACCUAUAAUUUGCGCGAUCCAAACAGGGAUGAAAAGGGUCUCAAGUCCCGUCGACUGAAAGGCAAAUUAAAGAUGGCUGCUGAAGGUGCUCAGAAGUUACUGGAUACCUGUGAACAGAUUGUUGGGGAUGAGGUGGACUUGAGUUCUUGGCGUGACAAAAUACGCGAGGAGAUGGAGUCCGAACAAAGCCUUGAUGAACUGAACCGGAAUGAAAGCAUUGUCAGACUUGAUAAGCAUGACACUGACUUCUACUGUCAUGAGCGAUAUAAAAAUGGCAUACUGACAAUAGGAUGUAUUGGCACACCAAAUGUGGGGAAAUCUUCUCUCAUGAAUGCUCUAAUGGGUAGAAAGGUUGUCAGUGUGUCACGGACACCAGGACACACGAAACACUUCCAGACGAUUUUCUUAACGACAACUGUUCGUCUGUGCGACUGUCCAGGAUUGGUGUUUCCUUCUACAGUACCUAAACAAUUACAAAUCCUUAUGGGAUCAUUUCCUAUUGCGCAAGUAAAAGAACCCUAUACGACAGUAAAAUUUCUGGCCGAAAGGUUGGACCUUCCACGUGUUCUCAAUAUUCAUCACCAAGAAGGCAACAGCACUUGGUCAGCGAUGGAUAUAUGUGAUGGCUGGGCUGCCAAACGAAGUUACUUGACCGCUAGAACUGCGCGAUUCGAUUGUUAUCGGUCUGCCAAUUCUAUAUUACGAAUGGCACUCGAUGGAAAGAUUUGCAUCUACGCUUACCCAAUAGGAUGGUCAGUCGAUAAAGAUAAAUGGGAGAAACAUCCUGACAUUCAAAUGGUCCAGUGGAUUCAGGCGAGAGGGCAAGUAAAUGAUUGUACAUCUAACACGACCAUGGUAUCUACGUCAGACGAAGAGGAAAGUUAUGAACAAGUUUCCAGUGCAGAAGAAGGUUCCUCAGUGUCACUAGAUGAGGAACACAAGCCAGACCAGAUUUGCAACAGCCCAAUUUCGCAUACAUCUUCUGAAGACGAAUCCGAUUUACCAAUGGUGGCUAAUAGGUUCACAGCAUUAACGACAGCCAAGUAACGAUGUCUUUUCUGACACCUUCCAAAAUUUCUUAUGUAAUAUUGUUUCGGGUGAAGUUUCACAUUUACGAUCUCCAAUAACAUUAUAUAUACCAACACGUAUAAUAGAAACUAUCAUCUCGUAGACUAUGCUUGGCAAGCGGAGUUUAUAAAGUAUUAAAACUAUGUUAUUCAUCGAUGGUCACCGGGCUGAUAUUGACAGGCAAUGCAAUGCUGGAAUUAGGUUAUUCGGUUAUUGAAUUAUCAUUUAAAAAAUACCAAAUACAAUGUCAGAUUUCUUGUUACUGUACCUAUGUUGAACAAUACCAUUUAAUUUUGUUACGUCA